AUGUCGGUUUCUUGUGGGGUGGAAUGUGUGGUGAUUUUGGGUUGCGUUAGGUGGGCAUGGAAGCGCUGCACCUAUAUCGGCAGCGACGACAGCGCUACCUGGUCCACCGCCACCCACGAGGAGUUUGAGCCUAUCCCUCGUGCCUGCCGCAUCAUAUUGGCCGUGUACGAGCCCGACAUCCGCUGCCCCAAGUAUUCCUCCGCCUGUGGCUACCGCGUGAACCCCGACUGGGUCAUCAAGCGUGUCAGCUACGAGGACGCACAAGGCCACGCGCCGCCUUACAUAAUUUACCUUGACCACGACAAUCGUGAAAUAAUGUUUGAUGGAGGGUAUGUGCAUCAUGGGUUGUUGAAAUCGGCUAUAUGGGUUUUGAACAAUGAAUCAGACACCUUGAAGAAACUAUGGGAUGAUAAUGGAAAAGAGUAUAAGAUGGUUUUUGCGGGGCAUUCAUUGGGGUCAGGGGUCGCUGCGCUUUUGACUGUGAUUGUGGUGAAUCAUGGGGAUAAACUAGGGGGGAUUCCGCGGAGUUUGGUGAAGUGUUACGCUGUGGCUCCGGCACGCUGUAUGUCGCUCAACUUGGCCGUGAAGUACGCUGAUGUUAUAUGCUCAGUCGUGUUGCAGGAUGAUUUCUUACCAAGAACACCCACUCCAUUGGAAGAUAUAUUCAAAUCCAUCUUCUGUUUGCCGUGCUUACUAUUUCUCGUGUGCCUGAGGGAUACCUUUAUACCUGAAGGUAGAAAGCUCAGAGAUCCAAGAAGACUGUAUGCACCCGGUCGAAUUUAUCACAUUGUGGAAAGAAAAUUUUGCAGAUGUGGAAGGUAUCCUCCAGAGGUCAGAACAGCCAUCCCUGUUGAUGGGAGAUUUGAACAUAUUGUCUUGUCAUGCAAUGCUACAUCUGAUCAUGCUAUUAUUUGGAUAGAACGAGAGGCAGAACGUGCUCUAGAAGAGCUGAAAAAGCUUAGUACAGAAACUACCACGACACCGCCUAAAGUCCAAAAAUUUGAUAGGAAGCAGACAAUUGAAAAGGAACACAAGGAUGCUUUAGAGAGAGCUGUGAGUCUGAAUAUACCACAUGCUGUAACCAUUACUGGAGAAGAAUCCUCUGGCAUCAUUGAAGAGUCAUCUUCAGGGGACAAGAAGGUCGAAUCUUCAAAGGAUGAAAUAGAGGAUUCCAAUAAAACUAAAAAACCGACAAGUAAAAAUGCUAGAACUAAUUGGAAUGAAGUAGUUGAGAAGCUUUUCAAGAGGGAUGAGACGGGGCAAUUGUUAUUGAAAAGAGACCCCUCUGUUACUGAAUGA